CUCCACUUGGCGCGCUGUCGUUUCAACAAAAAAAGGAACAUUAAAAAAAUAAGAACACGCACAGUUCUUCGCUCUUUCCCUGUCUACCACACCACUCCAAAAAAAUGCUAACUAUCACACCACCACUCCCCCGUUAACACGCGAAUCUGUCCGUCCGGUCCCCUACAUUUUCUCCGGCGACACAAUUCCCCGGCUUCCCACAUGUUCCGAUACUCCCAGCCUCCCGAAGUCGACGAAGCUGCCACCCCCACCACCACCGCCGCAUCCAACGGCGCCGACGACGCCGUCGCCGAUCAGACCCCUCACUCGAUCCGGGACCGCCUCCGCUUCAAGCGCAAUCCGAACCAGGCCACCUCCCCGACCGCCAGCACCUCCGGCCGGGGAGCCAAAUCUAGAGAGGAUCGCGCGCCUUCGCUGCGGAGCAGAUGGCAUCACCACCACGGGGCGGGAGGAGGGCGACGGAAGAGCUGGCUCGCGUUCCGCGGGGUUUAUUUGUUCUACUUCGUCGUGGCAUUCUCGGUGUUCGCGUUCGCCAUCGCGUCCGUGCUGUUGCAGAGCUCCGUGACUGAGAUGAUGUUCAGUACUGGCUGGACCGAGCACAGGAGAUCGGCGGGGGAAGGGUUGAGGUUGGGGACGACGUUGAGAUUCGUGGCUGGGAGGAGAUCGCGGCCGCUGGUGGAGGGGCAAGGGCUCGAUCGAAUCAGAAUGCAGCGGGUUGCUCGAGUGGGCCUCCGGGCCCCUAAGCUUGCUGUUAUUUUAGGAAACGUGAAGAAAAAUCCGCAGUUGUUGAUGUUGAUUACGUUGAUGAAGAAUCUAAGAAAUCUUGGCUAUGCACUUCAGAUUUAUGCACCAAAGAAUGGUAGAGCACAAUCAGUAUUGGAGCAAACUGGUGGUCAGAUAUCAAUACUACCGAAUGAGAACUAUAGCCAUAUCGAUUGGUCCAUGUUUGACGGUAUUAUUGUUGAUUCCCUUCAAGGAAGAGAAGUCAUGUCGAGCCUUAUGCAGGAGCCUUUCUGUUCGAUACCGGUUAUCUGGAUAAUACAGGAAGAUGCACUUGCUAAUCGUCUUCCAUUGUAUGAGGAAAAGGGCUGGACACAGCUUGUGAGUUACUGGAGAAGUGCGUUUAGCAGAGCCAGCGUUGUAGUUUUCCCAGAUUUCACCCUGCCGAUGCUAUAUAGUGUGGUUGACCCUGGAAACUUCUUUGUGAUUCCUGGAUCACCGGUAGAUGUCUGGGCUGCUGAAAUCUACAGAAAGACCCAUGACAAGCAUCAGCUAAGGAUGAACAAUGGAUUUGAUAGAGAAGAUAUUGUAGUUUUAGUUGUUGGCAGUUCCUUCUUCUACAAUGAAUUGUCAUGGGACUAUGCUGUCGCAAUGCAUUCCCUGGGUCCCUUACUUGUAAAAUAUGCCAGAAGAAACGAUGCUGAAGGAUCAUUCAAAUUUGUCUUUUUAUGUGGUAAUUCAACUGACGGUGAUGCUAUACAGGAAGUUGCUUCUGGUUUGGGACUUAUUCAAGGUUCCAUAAGGCAUUAUGGUUUAAAUGGUGAUGUCAACAGUGUGUUGUUAAUGGCAGACAUAGUUCUUUAUGGUUCUUCUCAGGAUGAGCAGGGUUUUCCUCCUUUGAUAAUCCGAGCCAUGACCUUUGGAAUCCCUGUUGUGACACCUGAGAUUCCCAUUAUGAAGAAAUAUGUUUCUGAUGAAUCCCAUGUGCUAUUUUUCCCCAAGUAUGAUCCUGAAGCUUUGAUGAGGACUUUCUCUCUUUUGAUAUCGGAUGGAAGUCUUUCCAAACUAGCUAGAACUCUUUCUGUCUCUGGAAGGCUGUACGCCAAGGAUAUGCUUGCCUCUGAAUGUGUAUCUGGUUAUGCUAAGCUUUUAGAGAAUACACUUUCCUUCCCCUCAGCGGGUUUGCUGCCAGCUUCCGUGGAUCGGCUUCAACAGAUCACAUGGGAAUGGUCCUUGUUUGGUGAGGAGGUAGGAGGGGAAGCUGCUGACUCUAAUAUUAAAAGUUUGAGUGUUGUUCAGAAUCUUGAAACAGAGGUUCAGGAUCUUGUCACAUCUACAAAUACUUCUGAGAUCACAACAGAGAUAUGGGAGUCUGAUGCUUUGACCAAGUUAGAUUGGGACGUAUUAGACGAAAUAGACAGUUCUGAAGAAUUUGAGAAUGUGGAGCUGGAACAGGUUGAAGAGAGGAUGGACAAACACCCAGGCGUGUGGGAUGAGAUAUACCGCAAUGCAAGAAAAGCCGAAAAACUAAAGUUUGAAACUAAUGAAAGGGACGAGGGAGAGCUGGAACGGACAGGACAGCCAGUUUGUAUUUAUGAGAUAUACCCUGGAGCUGGUGCCUGGCCAUUUUUGCACCAUGGUUCCUUGUACCGCGGAUUAAGUCUUUCUACAAAAGCUCGGAGAUCAAGAUCAGAUGACGUGGAUGCAGUGGCCCGCCUCCCUCUAUUGAAUGACACAUACUAUCGAGAUAUACUAUGCGAGAUGGGUGGAAUGUUUUCAAUUGCAAACAAGGUGGACAACAUUCACAAGAGACCUUGGAUUGGGUUCCAGUCUUGGCGUGCCACGGGUAGGAAGCUGUGUUUAUUGGAGCAGGUUUCAUUAUCUCCUAAAGCUGAAAGAGUUCUGGAAGAGAAAAUACAGAGAGAGACUGUAGGAGAUGUAAUAUACUUUUGGACACGAUUGGACAUGGAUUAUGAAGCUACAGCAGGCAGUGUCAAACUAGGGUUCUGGUCUGUGUGUGACUUACUAAAUGCAGGGCACUGCAGAACGACCUUUGAAAAUGCAUUUCGGCAGAUGUAUUCCCUCCCAUCACAUCUAGAAGGUCUUCCACCAAUGCCAGAAGAUGGAGGUCACUGGUCUGCCUUGCAUAGCUGGGCGAUGCCAACCCCUUCAUUUUUGGAGUUCAUUAUGUUUUCAAGAAUGUUUGUUGAUUCCCUCGAUUCUCUGCAAGCCAAUUCCGGUCUAGCAUGUACAUUGAGUUCCUCAGAAGUUGAGGAAAAGCACUGCUAUUGUCGAAUAGCAGAGCUCCUCGUAAACGUCUGGGCUUACCACAGUGGAAGAAAAAUGGUCUACAUAGAUCCAGAAACCGGCAUUUUCGAGGAGCAGCACUCGAUCGAAGAACGCAAGGGAGCAGUCAUGUGGUCGAAGUACAUGAAUCUAACACUGCUCAAGAGCAUGGAUGAAGACCUCGCUGAGGCAGCUGACGACGGCGACCUGCUGAGGGAAAAGUGGCUGUGGCCACUGACAGGGGAAGUGCACUGGCAAGGGAUCUACGAGAGGGAGAGAGUGGAACGGUACCGCCAGAAAAUGGACAAGAAGAGGAAGAACAGGGAGAAACUGGUCGAGAGAAAUAGGAUAGGAUACAAGCAGAAACCACUCUGGAAGUAGGAAGAAGAUCCAUAAUGUACAACAAUGUCGACAAAGACUGCGCGAAUCUAACGUUGAUUUUUCCGCCGGCUUCAGAUUCGCGCGCGAGUCUGACUCCUAACACGGAUGAAGGUCACCCAGAUCAACCUGUAACCCAUUCUCUCAGAGCUCAGUCAGGUAAGGAAAGUGCUUGUUAGCAUUUUUCUGUUUCUCUAACAGCAUUGCAACUAUUCAGCACCAUCCAGCUAUUUCCCGGGGAUUCCGUUGUGAAGAAGGUAGAAACAGGAAGAAGAAGAAGAAGAAGAAGCAGCGCUUUCCUCCAGUUGCCGCCAUGGAAGGAGAGAAUCGAUUAGUUGGUUGAUUGGUGCCAUUUUUGGUGGGAAGUUAGUACUACCAUGAAUUAGCAAUUCUUUUUCUUAAUUUUUUGGUCUGUUGUUAAAAACAAUUUUACGGACCAAGUAGUUGGAGAUUGGUGUAAUUCUUUAUCUGUACAAGCAGUGGAAGUAAUACAUACUUGAUCAAAUCACACACGUUUUGCAAAUCUCAAUCUGAUCCCAUCGUCGACGAACCCGCCGCAGUUGCAAAUUUUCGAGCAAGCACAGUAUUACUGAUCAUGGAAUGGCUUCAUCAAUCAUCAACAGGCGCUUACAUCCUGUGUUUGUUUGUUUGUUGUUGUCAUUUCUCAACAUACUGUUGUUACAAAUGCCCUAAGAAAAUAAAAAUGCAGAGGCAAUUGCUGCUGCUGCUGCAGCUUCAACUCAAUUUGAGCACUACUCCUGCCGCGCUUCGCUUCUUCGUCGAUUAUGGCGAGACAAGAAGCUCGGUUGUUCAAUUCAAACACACGCUACGAACACAAUAGCUGAAUCAUUCAUUUCCUUUUGUGGUGGUGUGGUCUUGAAGGAAUCCCAAGUCGAGCCCUCAAAUUUGCCCCUGCCUGAACGAAGUCCUCGACCUUGUGGAUGCCGGAAGCGUGAAGGGCGGAAACGGAGGCUGCGGCCGCGGAGCCGACGAAGAGGGAGGCGACCGCGAAGGCCUUAAGCGGCAUCAGACCACAGGAUCCGUCGUAGCCUCUCCGGAGCGACGAAAUGCCGCAGCCCGUUAGCAUGGCGCUUCCUGCACCCCACCAAACCCAACGGAUUUCAUCGCCGCCGGCGGCGGCGGGUUGAUUUGCGUCCUCCAUAUCUCUCCUUCCCGGGGCACACCAGUUUUUUUUUUUUUUUUUCCUAUU